AUGGCCCCCGCUCCGCCCCCCGCCGCCUCCUUCUCGCCCGCCGAGGUCCAGCGGCGCCUGGCGGCCGGCGCCUGCUGGGUCCGCCGCGGGGCCCGCCUCUACGAUCUCACCGGCUUCGCGCGGCACCACCCGGGGGGCGAGCAGCUGCUGCGGGCGCGGGCCGGCCAGGACAUCAGCGCAGACCUGGACGGGCCCCCGCACAGGCACUCGGCCAACGCGCGCCGCUGGCUGGAGCAGUACUACGUGGGCGAGCUGCGCGGGGAGCCGCAGGGUUCCCUGGAGAAAGAGGCUGCAGCCUUGGUAGAAACUCAGAAGACAGACCCAGCUCUCGAACCAAGGUUCAAAGUGGUGGAUUGGGACAAGGACCUGGUGGACUGGAAGAAGCCUCUCCUGUGGCAGGUGGGCCACCUGGGAGAGAAGUACGACGAGUGGGUCCACCAGCCAGUGGCCAGGCCCAUCCGCCUUUUCCACUCAGAUCUCAUCGAGGCCUUGUCCAAGACUGUCUGGUACAGUGUCCCCAUCAUCUGGGUGCCCCUGAUGCUGUACCUCAGCUGGUCCUAUUACCAGGCGCUCGCCCACGGCAACGUCCGGCUCUUCACCUCGUUCACAACAGAGUACUCGGUGGCGGUGCCUGAGUCCGUGUUCCCCGGCCUCUUCGUGCUGGGCAUGUUCCUGUGGAGCCUCAUCGAGUACCUCAUCCACCGCUUCCUGUUCCACAUGAAGCCCCCUAGCGACAGCUACUACCUCAUCACGCUGCACUUCGUGCUGCACGGCCAGCACCACAAGGCACCCUUCGACGGCUCCCGCCUGGUCUUUCCCCCCGUGCCAGCCUCUCUGGUGAUCGCCUUUUUCUACGUGUUGUUGCGGCUCAUCCUGCCCGAGGCGGUGGGGGGCACGAUGUUCGCUGGGGGCCUCCUGGGCUAUGUCCUCUAUGACAUGACCCAUUACUACCUGCACUUCGGCUCGCCGAACAAGGGCUCCUACCUGUACAGCAUGAAGGCCCACCACGUCAAGCACCACUUUGCACAUCAGAAGUCAGGCUUCGGCAUCAGCACUAAAUUAUGGGAUUACUUUUUCCACACCCUCAUCCCAGAGGAACCCCACGCAAAGACACAGUGACAACUCCCAGCACCGCCCCUCACCUGUCCUCAGCCCCGCCCUGGCCCCUGCUCCCCCACCCCCAUCCAAACUCUGCUACAGAGCUUG